AUGAAGUCCGUUCAAUCUCGAGGUUAUUCUCCAACUCCAAAAUUCCUUUCAAUUAACGACAAAGAAAUUAAAGAGUUGGCAGACUAUAUACUUGAACAAAGAAGAGUUCGAACAGAUCGAUAUGCGAUGGUGGGUAAAAUCAGCAGGGCUGCGUCGUUCGUCACGAGAGGCUCAGGUUGCGACAUUUUCUUUAUGGUUAUUGAGAAACUAAUAGAUUACAUUGACGAACGUGAAGCACUUCACGAACAAUUUAUGGAACGAAAAAUUGAUCGCGCCAUCUUAAGAUCUGCAGUCAACUCAAUGAAAUCCGAAAUAUUGGCUAUUAAAACCCGCAUAGAACUAAUGGAAAAUACUGAAAAUCCUUUUGAUGAUAGAAAAUUUGAGGUGCCACCUGCAUUCCAUUCCUGCGAGAAAAUUCUAAACUGUUUCGAAAAUAAAGACCAUGUCUUUUAUCAACAUCCGCUUAUCACAGCCCCAUCUUUGAUUGCGUUCUCCCAGCUAUAUGCAUCGAUUUGUGCAUAUGGCGUUGAACUUCUACCAGCAUACAUAGAAAUAGCUAACCGUGAAAAAAAGCGACUAAGAGAAGUGAUUGAAGCAUAUAAAGUAAAUACUAUCGAGGAAAGACUCCAAAUGAUCAAAAUUAUACAGACGAUAAAGUUACCAUCUUAUGACGGCAAGGCUAAAGAUGAUAUGGUACAAGUAACUAAUGCUGGAACUUUUAAAAACGCUCUGAGCCGCUUAAAAAAGAAUGUAAGAAACAUAACGUUACAUGAAAUAGAUAUUGUCAAAGAUGGCUUUGGAUAUCAAAGCAAACCCGAUGAAUUACAUUAUUGGGAUCGUACACUUUGGACUCGGGAACAGAAAUCUGCGUGCAAUCAUGAAUAUUCACUGGUAGUGCGAACUUUGUACAAAGAUUAUUUCGAUCAAAUUAUUGAUGCCAUUUCUUAA